CUUUACAAAACACAACUGUGCUCCUUUUACGCGAAGGGAAUCUGCGCUAGAGGCAACAAGUGUAGUUGGGCUCAUGGUGAGUUGGACGUCAGACCCAUGCCCAAAUUUUACAAGGUAAUAGUUUCUUCAAGGCAGUUCAUUGGUUAUCCCAUCGUUUACUUCCGUGGCGACGUCAUCCAUACUUUCCUCUCAUUCCUUUUAUUUUGUCCCCCCUUCUGGCAGACAAGAAUGUGCUAUACGUUUCUGUCAGGCAGUUAUUGCGAAGCGUCCAAGUGUACAUUUGCCCACACGGAGGAGGAACUUCGAGGAUCUGGAAAGGCCCUUAGAUUAUGCACCAAAUAUUUUUUAGAUGGGUACUGCGCCAAAGCGGACAAAUGUCCAAUGGCCCACAACAUAAACCAGCUGGAUCCCUCCGUGAAGUUUUCCAGCAGUGAAUUAAUGAGCAGAAUGUACAAUGGUGAGUUGGAGGAGGAAGGAGACGAGCCCAAUUUGUACAAACGGAAAUUGAAUAAGAAGAGAGACGGAAGUGAAAGCAACGAUGCGGACAAUUGCAGUGGAAACAUUAACGGAGGAGACCCCCUCAAAGUGAGGAGCAACAUGCACAACGGGAAGGACGUGGAGGAGACCCACCCCGAUGAUGGUAGAAACCGUUAUGCAGUAAUAAGCCAUUUGGACGAAGGGGAAAAGGACGCACAGGGUUCCCACAGAAACAGUUUUAAUUUUUUAAGAAGUAACGGGAAGAAGACAUACAGUGAGUAUCUGCUCGAGGGGGACAUCGAGAGAGACGUCCAAAAAAGCAGAGGCGCGAAAGGAGACAACUUUUCCAAUAUCGAUUUUACCCAAAAUGGAGAGUUCGAUCAGAAUGGGGAAGUUGCAAAAAUGGGAGACAGGGUGUCAUGCAGGGAGUUCACCUAUGACAAUACUAGUUUCGGACGUGAAGGGGAAGGUGUUCCCAUGAAGUUCUUUACCUAUAGGAUGAGCGGCGUCGACACGGUAAACGGAGACCACCUGGGGAAAGGGAAGCUACCCAACGAACACCACCAAAAUGGAUUUUCCCCCACAGAAAAUAUGUUCCUCCCUAGUAACGAUCGUUUUGUUCGCAACUUUGGGAGCAUCAACAAGGUAGAUAAGGGGAAUGUGCACUCGAACGUGGGGUCAAAUAUUAGUUCAAACGUGAACUCGAAUUUGAACCCGAAUUUGAACUCGAAUUUGAAAUUUGAGAUGCUGAACGAAGUGGAGAGAUAUAAGCACCUGAACGUACAGGCAGAAAACUAUUUUUUCAACAAUAUAAAAAAAAAGGAAUAUCCAGAGAACUCCCUUUUUGACUCCAAUAAGACUACAUACGAACACGUGAAGAGUGGAUCGAAUUUUUACAGCGACGGUAUGAUGUAUUUGAAUAGGACUAAGGAGAAUCUAGACAACUGUGAUGACCUGGGAUUGCGUUUUAACUACAAUGGUGGUCUUGGCGUUCAGAAGGACGUUGGUCAACGAGGCGUCUUUCACGAGGAAGACAACUUUAACUGCAAGGUUAUGAACAAUGAAGACAGAUUUAACCACUUCAGGCUGGAGAACCUCAUCCAGAAUAUGAACAAUCUGAACAUCACGAAGAAGCAGAUGGCCACGCACCCCCUGGUGAAAACAAUAAAUGGGGAGAGCGCCUUGGACGGUGAGUCGGCGGAACUAAAAGACACCAAGGAGGGCGAAAUGGGGUCCGAAGGAGAUAUCCACACGGGGGAAGACACGCACUCAGAAAAGGACUACUGCGGGGACAGCGAACCGGCCGUCAUUAAACCGAAGGACCUUCCCCCCGAGGCAGAACAAAUCUACAAAGGUGCCUCCUUCUCGAACAACAUCCCAAAUAAUGAAUUUAAGAAGCUUUUUUUAAGUAACAAAAUUUCCAACCAUGCGAAGCAGCAAAAUGGUUACUCUGGGCAGUGUCACAACGGAGUUGGCCAAACUACGGUGAAUGGAUUUGUUGGGGGAGGCAGUUAUGCCAACUUGUCUACGAACGGAGUGACCAACCUGUGUAACCUGAGGAACGUCCAAACGAGAAUGAACCAUUUGUGCAACCAUCAGAAUAAUGGAACCCCGAACAGCAGCCUCGGAAGUGCCAGUAGCGUCCACGACAGAAUGGUGGACGCCCACUAUGACAUGAACAGCAUUUACAGAAAAAUAAACGGGCAAAGAAGCAUGACCGGAGUGAAAAAGGAAACUAGCAACUACAACCCUUCCGAUGUGUUGAUUGGCCAACAGUACCCUAGAAGUGUUGGAAAAAAAACGGAAAAUUACGACACUCAGACGAAGAAACAUUUUUUUAACUACGUAAAUAACUACAUAGAGGGAGGUACCACUGCAAGUAGACAAACAAAUAUUAACAGAGACGGAGUCAACGAAAACGACAUUGGUGCCCGAGUGACUGUAGAUGGUAUGUUCCUAACAAAUGGAAGUGAACUCCCCCGUGGUAGUCAUCACAGUCACGCCAGCCAUGGCAGCCAUGGCAGUUAUGAGGAGAGUGGCAACGACACAGUGAUGAAGAACAUUUUGAAGGGAAAGACAAACCUGUACUGCACCCCCAAUAGUAGUGGCGUAAAUGAAAAUGGAAGCAGUUACAAUUCAAGGGGAAGGAACAUGACGAAGGUUAACCCAGCAGACGAAUUGGGCCGAACGGAGGAGCUGCACAAAAUGCUCAUGAACGGCUCCUCGAAUGGUAUUUCUAACCACAACAUGGGUGAUUUUUUUUUCAUGAAAAAUGGAAACCACGUAAAUGGCUUGACUUACCCCCAUGGGGAAAAUUCUCUACAGGGUACAACGAACAGUUUUGGAGACAACAUGAAUGUGGUUGGCAUGGCUGAGGUGAACUACGGUGCCUCGAAUGCCUGUGCGGUGGGGUUCACUAGGCGAACACUGCAAAAAAGCGUUGCUGUGGAAGGUGGACUGCUAAAUGGGGGAAGUCUCCACGGAGGCUACGCACGAGGGAACCAAGGCAAGCACCAAAACCAGGGCUACCGGAAUGACUGCCGUAGACAUACGGAACAGCCACACAUAGCCACGUAUAGCCACCCCAACCACCUGAUGGGAGCACAUAAGAACAACUCACCCCUGAACCCACACAUAGAUUCCUACGAAAUGGCCUACAAGAGCGAUGAGGGCUUCACCAACUAUAUGCACAACGCUAGUAGGGAAGUGGAAAAAAUGGGGAAAACCAAUUCAGUGACCGAGAAUGGAAGGCGGGUACAGAAUGAGGAGGGCCUUUCAGACGGAAGCAACCAGGACAAUAAAAAAAAAAACCGCAGUUAUAACCCCCUGACGUAUAGCUUUAGCGGGCUGUGCGAGUGUUUAGCCAAAGGGGAGGGUGAAAAGGAAAGUGACGUGGUGGAGGAAGAAGUGGACGAAGAUGAAAAUGAUGAUGAGGAGGAAAACGAAGACGACAGUGAUGAGGAGGAAGAAGAAGAAAAAGAGGAGCGGGCGGAG